UUGACUUGGGCUGAUAUUGAAGCCUAGCUGUGUUAUUUUUCCACUGUUGUUAAUAACGCUGAAAGAACUUAUACCAAUGAUCAUUAGCUCCCAGGACACCAGCUGUGUCAGGGCAGACAAAGAGAGGAAUUGUGGGAAAGACAGAACCUUGUGGUUUGGAAUUUAGGCAACAGAAGCAUUUCUUGAAAGAAUGCGGUGGCUCUUGGACAGCAGCUGGAGUAAAUUUGGACAUGCAGGCAGGGGCACCUAUGAGUGGAUGACUAGUGAACCUGGACUACCACUUGUGGAAACAAAGUUGCAGAGCAAGCAUCCUAAUCAAAUAAAUUCCACCAAAGAAGACUUACAGCCAUUCUUGUGCAUCAUACUUCCAACAACAGCAUUGCUGGUGAUAGGGUUCUUUGUACUGUUCCUCUAUCGGAGAUGCCGACGCAAGAUCCCAAAUCAAGGUCAAAUAUUUGCCAUAAGUCUGCAGGAGAAUGUACAAGAUAGAGAAAUGGACUUCUUCUCCAACAUGCCCUGGAGUACAGAGCCUUUUCAGUAUUGUACAUUGAUACCAGAUGCCUCAUUUCUAACCAUAUGCUUGCCCCCUCCUUAUGAGGAGGCAAUACUGAAAACAUCUAGUGACUCCUGUAUUAGUAUCUAUCAAGACCCAGUGCCUCCAUAUGAAGAAAGACCUCGCAGGUGUAGCAAAUAAUGUUAAGAAUUUGGACUGUGUACAGUACACUUUGCAAGAGGACUUCGGCUGGACCUAGAAGUCCUAGAACAAAAACAAUAUGUAGCAGCUUCCAAUGUAAGGGCUUUUUACAACAUAGAUUGCACAAAUAUAAUGUUUUAUACUGUAUAAAAAUAGCAACAAUAGGAGUAAGGAGGCAGAUUGCAAUAUUUAUGCUGGCCUAUUAUAAACAUACCAUCUCUGCAUACUGUACAUGAGGGCUCAUUUACUAUCGCUGCAUUUUUGCUGCAACUAUCCAAUAAUUAGCAUAUCUCUAUCUAGACUCUAGAGCAUGUUAGAUAAUGUAAGUACAUAUUUGGUAUCAGUGCAUAUGUUUAAACCUAAAUACAGUGUUAGUAAAUCAGUCCUUUUGUAUUUAACAUUGGCUGGGCAAUGCAGCAUAUAUAUAGAUCUAAUGUAAGGAUUGCACUUUUAUAUGUUUUAUUUAUUCUUCAAUAACAUUGAUAUCAUACUCCGUAGUGCGCAGAAUAUCACAGCAUCCAUGAACCACAAAACGUACAAUCUGUUUAUCAUGCUUGGUCAGAGCAUGCCCAGCCAUUACACUGGGUAUGCGGCUAAGUAAGGUGCAAGAGUGAGGAGGGUGUCAGGUAGCCAUAGAGUAACACCGCUAAUCAGUCAGCUUUGUGGUCCCAGGGAUACCAUGCCAUACCCUGCAACUGUACAUUUUUGACCGUUUUUUUAAUGGUCUGUACCUGCCAAAAAGAGGCUUUGUACCGGGUUUUGACCUCUCCCAAUACUAUACAUUCCUAUGGCAGCGUCACGAGGCCAUGCCCCCUUUACCAGUGGCCACACCUUUACGAAUUUGUACCGGUUUUAGGCACAGCAGUGUUGGAGGGUAUGUCAUGCUGUGCGGGCCGGGCCCCAGGAAUUAUGAGCACUACACAGAUAGCAUUGUGCAGGCAGUUGGGUGAACAGCCCUGGGGUCCUUGCUAGUGUCCUACUCCUUAUGAUUACGAGGGAAGCACUAUACUGUCAGAAGCCAGCCAGAAGCUCAGAGAGUCCCUGCUGCAUAAAGGAAAGAGCAGCCGGCCUCCCCUACAGUGACGAAAACGGAGACAUGGUUUGCGGUCAUGGCAUUCUGCAAAGCCACACCCAUUUCAUUUAGGCCAUGCCCUCAUUCUGGGCGCACAUGCCUUCAGCGCACAAAAGAGGCCCAAACUUGGACUUCUCAAAGUUGGGAGGUAUGAUUCACACACGGCUGUAAGUGCCUGCUCAGGGGUCCACUCACCCACUAUCUCCCUGUAACCCCUGCCUCCCCAGUCACCUACUAUCUCCCUGUAACCUUGUAGGUACUAUUGUGUGGCCAUGCCCCUUUCUUGUGAGACCAGAACCCUUUUUGCUGAGGUCCAUUUAAAAGGUUUAUCCCAUCAAUGGGAGCCAAAAUCUAUAUUCACUUACCAAAAUAAUUAAGCUUGGGCUAGCCCUGUGCCUGGUCAGUGGAAAAUGAAGAUAAUUGCCUUGGGAAGUACUACCCCUGCAUCAUACUUUUACUAAUGCACAAGAGUUCUUGUUACGUUACUUGUAGGACUUUGACAUCCUAAUCUCAGUGUUUACGCAACUGGAAUUGUACAGUUUUCCAAUAACUCGGCUUUAACCAAAUAAAGAAGAUAUUGUUAAC